UUACUAAAUUUAAACUUUUUACUUUGAGGGAAGACAUUUGUACCAUAAACUCUAAAAUCUACAUAGGCAUUAUCUCAUCAUGAGGGCUAUAAUCUUCCUUGCUAUUGUUGGCGUUGUUUUCGGAAAUCAAUGCAAGGGAGUUGAUAAAGGGGAUAUCAAGGCUGCACAUUCUGCAGCUCGUUUGGGAGCUCUUGUUAUCUUCGGAAACUCCUGCCCUGGAUUUGAUUUUGAUUCUGUUGCCCUUUCCGGAGCAUGCAGAUCUCUCGUCAAACAAGCCACUUGCUACGGAAUCAAAGCUGCCAGCCACUACGACUCAGACGUUGUCAGCUACGGACAGCUGGCUUCUGAUGUAUCCAACAUGGAAGAAAUUGGCAACCUUGCUUGCUCUGAUGCCCCUAAAUGUUUCCGACAAGUCAAGUCCGCUAUCCAGGCAUGUUCGGAUGCAAACGAAUCUUUCUUGGACCAGACCAUAGCUGCUGCUGAAGCCGUCUACAAAAGAGACUUCGAAUCCCAAGCUAAAGAUUUCGCCUCAGGCAACCAGGGUUCUCUUCUCGGAGACAUUGCAACCAUGGCAAUGAACAAGUUCUCCAGUGCUGACGAUAUCAGAACGUUCAUUGAGGAGCAACUUACCGAGGGACGCAAAUCUGAUGCCUCAGCAGCCGCUAAGCAAGCCGGAAUUCUCGCUCAGGGAUGGUGCGAUAGUGGAUGUACCAGCACUACUGCCAGAUUCCUCGAGGGUAUCUUCGGGCACAUGAACGGUGGUGGAUGUAAUGAUGCCUCUGUAUUCUGCGGUGAAUGCCAGUCCCGCGCUGCAUCCUACUUCGCCAGGAACCAGCUACCAUGCUGUGUCGAGAAAGUUGUUCGAAAGGGAAUCGAGGCUUACGACUACGUUAUCGCUAACUACAGCGAUGACCUUGAAGCCUACGGAGCUGCUGUCGGAUCUGGUUUGAGUGCAUCUGCUCUUGCUGAAGCUAAGGCAAUCAAAGAUAGAGUUGUCGAAGAGUUUGGCUGUGUCAGCGCGGUUUACUCUGAAAACAGACCAGAAUGCGCAUAACUCUUCUCUGAAAGGAAAUUUGGAACGAAUGUUCACCAUUCAUAUUUGGCAACGGACUAUUUUUUCAUCUUCAGAUGUAUUUGAUAAUGAUGAUGUAAUAUUACUCCUCUUACUGCAAUUCCGAAAAA